AUGUGCGACUUGAACAGCUCCUCCCACUGGCGGCCGCCGUCGCCGACUCGGGAGCAGACGACAGCGGCACGUCGUCACCUCACCACCACUCCGGCCAUCAACCACGCCUCCGAGCCGGCACCGUUGCCAUCGCCAUCGCCGCACGGCGCCCCCCCCCCCUCCUCCUUCUUCUUCACCCCCGAGGACCGUGCCUACCUCCGCGGCCGCCUCCCCAUACACCAGCCCGCCUCGGCGCGCACCGCGGCGCAACACUUUGCCCGGCUGCCGCGCGUCUACCAGGCGCUGGCCGACGGGUGCCGCGCCCACCUCGUCCUCCUCGCCGCCGCGCCGGGCGAUGGCUGCUGCUGCUGCUGCUGCCGCUGUUGCCGUCGCCGCGCGCGCGUGGCCGUGCUCGCCCAACGCCUCGCCGACAGGUAUCGCCGCUUUCGCCUCGUCCUGCCCCCCUCGUACAUUGACGAGGCCGUGGCUCGCUGGCGCCGCCGGGGGCUGCGCGCCAGCCGCUUCUGGGACGGCUUGCUCGACGAGGUUGAGCGCGCCAACACGGCCUGGUCCAUCCUCCGCCUGUUCAUCCUCGCCUCCGUCGUCCAGUCAACCCUCGUUGCCUGCGCCUUCGCCCUGCUCACCGCCGCGCCCGCCCGCCUCGCCCUGCUGGCCGCGAGCGCCCUCGCCUGUGUCUGGUCCGCCACCGUCGCGGGCGAGCGCCUGCACGCUUGCUGCGUCGCCGCCGACGACGAUGAGCAGGAACUGCACGACCUGCUUGGUGGGCUGCGAGCCUGA